UAGGCAACUAGUUUUAUCCAAUUUUCGUUAAAUAGGUUUAUCUCCGCCGCGUCUCGCUCCUCUUUCGCCUCUCUUUCUCUCUCUCUCAUCGGCGACGAACCCAAUUCGAUUCAGGUGCGGCCAAAUCGAUGUAGAAUUACCUCUAGGGCGUGGUAAUUGCGGCUGAAAAUGGAAGGGGGAUGGAUUGGAUUGAACGACGGUGCGCUUGGGGGAUUCGUUAAUAACCCUGCGUUGAUGGAAGCACUCGUCGACAUAUUGAUCUGCGCGGUUCCGAUUUGGUUGGCGGUGAUGAUCGGCUUGCUAAUCGGGUGGUCGUGGCGGCCGAGGUGGACGGGAUUGGUAUUCCUUGGAUUCCGAUCUAAGUUCCGGUUCGUGUGGACGCUGCCGCCGGGGCUUGGUGCCAGGAGGUUCUGGCUCGCUUUUACAGCGCUCUCGGCGUUUUCGCUUUGUCGCGGUCUGUGGUUUCGGUCUCGUGGCAAGAGCCGGAAGCUGGAAAAGUCCGCGGCGGCGGCGGCGGAGGAGGAGGAGCUAAUUGAUCAGGCCUCGAGUUCGGAUUCGGAGCCUGUGGCCGCCGGUCAUGAGUCCUUGGGGGAUGACGAUGUUAACCCUAGGGAUAUCAGGUUGGUUAGGGGAGCUGCCGAUAGCGAGACAGCUAAUGUCACAGAAAAAGACCUGGAGCACCUGUUAAGUUUUCUUGAUGGGAAAGAUGGGAAAAUAACGUGGCAAAACAUGAUGGAGCGGUCCACUUCAAACAUGACAUACCAGGCGUGGCGACAUGAACCUGAGAAUGGCCCAAUAGUGUUGCGCAGCAAAACCAUUUUUGAGGAUGCAACUCCGGAGCUAGUCAGAGAUUUUUUCUGGGAUGACGAGUUUCGACCUAAAUGGGAUCCUAUGCUGUAUCAUGUGAAAAUACUCGAAGAAUGCCCUAACACAGGGAUGAUGAUUAUUCACUGGAUUAAAAAGUUCCCUUUCUUCUGCAGCGACCGUGAAUAUAUCAUCGGUAGGAGGAUAUGGGAGGAAGGGAAAACAUACUAUUGUGUAACAAAGGGUGUGCCGUACCCAUCAUUACCAAGACGGGACAAGCCUAGGCGCGUCGAUCUUUAUUUUUCAAGCUGGGUGAUCAGGCCAGCCCAAUCUCUAAAAGGGGAUGGCACGUCUGCUUGUGAGGUCACGCUCGUGCACUACGAAGACAUGGGAAUCCCUAAGGACGUCGCUAAGCUGGGGGUCCGGCACGGAAUGUGGGGCACCGUCAAGAAGCUGCACGCCGGGUUCAGAACAUAUCAGACCGCUUGGAAACAGGAUGCGACGCCGAGCAGGUGCGCUCUCAUGGCAAGAGUUGCAGGAAAAAUAGCCCUCGACAAUGCGACCAACUCUGCUGCAGCAGAGGAAACACAGUGCGACAGAGAAGAGAAACAGGAGCUUGCUGUAACGAGCAAUCAGCAGCAGAGAGAAGAUGGGGGUGGGGGUGGGGGUGGGAUCGACUGGAAAUGGGUGGCGAUUGGUGGAGCUGUCGCCCUCGCCUGUGGACUGAAAACAGGGGUGAUCGGAAGAGCUGUGCUGAUUGGCGCCGGGCAUAGGAUUGCUAGGAGACGCGGGAAUCUUAGGUGAGGUGAGUUUUUAUCGAUACCGGCUUUCUUUAACAUACAUAAUCGAUCAAAAAGAGAAAAAAAGCUAUUGAUAACGAUAUAUAUAUAUAUAAUAUAUGUGUGAUUGCAGUGUUAUGUGAUGAAUUUGAGGUUCUGUGUCUGUUGAUGAAGGUAUGUACUUGAAGUUAGUUGUGUGUAUAUGUUGACUUGCUAAUUUCGGAGAUUGUUUUUUCGCCUUCACAUAUUAUUCAUAUGGAAAUUUGACCAUUCACAAUAAUAUGUUUCCUUUGUUUUA